AUGUCUCCUUCAUCUAUUUCUACUCCACUACUUACGCCCCAAGAUGCACCACCUGUUUCACCUGUUUCUACUCCACUACUUACGCCCCAAGAUGCACCACCUGUUUCACCUGUCUCUACUCCACUACUUACGCCCCAAGAUGCACCACCUGUUUCACCUGUCUCUACUCCACUACUUACGCCCCAAGAUGUACCACCUGCGUCACGUGUUUAUACUCCACUACUUACGCCUCAAGAUGCACCACCUGUUUCUACUCCACUACUUACGCCCCAAGACGCACCACCUGUUUCACCUGUUUCUACUCCACUACUUACACCCCAAGACGCACCACCUGUUUCACCUGUUUCUACUCCACUACUUACGCCCCAAGAUGUACCACCUGCUUCACGUGUUUCUACUCCACUACUUACGCCCCAAGAUGCACCACCUGUUUCACCUGUUUCUACUCCACUACUUACGCCCCAAGAUGCACCACCUGUUUCACCUCUUUCUACUCCACUACUUACGCCCCAAGAUGCACCACCUGUUUCACCUGUUUCUACUCCACUACUUACGCCCCAAGAUGCACCACCUGUUUCACCUCUUUCUACUCCACUACUUACACCCCAAGAUGCACCACCUGUUUCACUUGUCUCUACUCCACUACUUACGCCCCAAAAUGCGCCAUCUCCUUGA